UAUUGAUAAGCAAUAUACAAAUACACACCGAGCUGUUAAAGGCAACAGAUGGCUACUUUGUCUGAUUGCCUAUAAUCAUUAAUCAUUCAUCCGGCGGCACUCAUGCAUUAUCUCGGGUCUCCACGUUUUCAGGGUGGCAACCGAGGCAACGCGCUCUCGACCGGCCCUCCCAUUGGUCGGCCACACGCUCGUCACUCCUCCAUCCGUCGGAAGUGCGUUCUCCUCCUGCGUCUCCCUUACAGUCUGCGCCCGCCUGCGAGCUCGCGCUAUCGGCCUCUUCCUCGCGCCUCCGCUCGGCUCGUCAAGCAGCAGCACGGGCUCGGCGCGUCGCAGGUCUGUCCUCGGAUUAUGCCGCCGUUCCAACCGACCAGAACGACGCGGGACUCGGCCGCUCUUUAAAAGCCAGCCUCAGAAAAUGAGCGCUGCUGCCUUCUGUUCGCCAGGGCUGAGCGUGUGCGGGACAGCAGCGAGUCGGACAGCUUCGACAGCCUCCAAACAAAAGACGGCUGCGAAGUGAUAUUCGCGGUUAAAAAGGGUCAUUGUCUCCAUUCUAUGGAGAAAGUGGGCAAGAUGUGGGGUAACCUCAGGAGUCGAUGCCAAGCUCUCUUCCACAACGAUGGCUCAGAGUCCCAUCUGUGUAGCCAGGAAUUAGAUUGCGUCCACUGUGUGGAGGACUUGGGCAGGGGAGCACAUGCAGAACCCUAUGAAACUAGAUCUUCCACACCAUCACGGACCUUGUCACCACUCCCACUGGUUUCUGGAGGACGCAGAGGACAUAACUGUGUGGCAGAUAUACCCCAGAUAGUAGAAAUCUCUAUUGACAAAGACAGUGAGGAUGCACGGAGGGGUCCCCUUGUCCGUAGGGACUCUUACUCGCGUCAUGCUCCCUUGGGAGGUAAAAAGAAGCAUUCUUGCUCAACUAAAACACAAAGUUCUCUUGAGGCUGAUAGGCGAACGGGACGCUCUAGAGGAAGUACAGCUAGGAGGGAUCGUCGCUAUGGAGUUAGCUCUAUCCAGGAGAUUAAUGAUUCUGUAGGAGCCGGCAGCAGUGGGCGGAGUCUUAGCACCCGUUCUCUACGACAGCGACUUCGGGACACCGUAGGCUUGUGCCUUCCUCUUCCCACACACCGCCGCUCUCAGUCAGCUAAAGGCCAGGUGUCCUCCAAACGUAAGAUCCACCUUACUGAACUCAUGCUUGAAACAUGCCCUUUCCCACCUGGAUCCGAUUUGGCCAACAAGUGGCACCUAAUUAAGCAACAUACAGCACCAGUCAGCCCGCAUUCCUCAACUGCUCUUUUGGAUGCAUUUGAUUCGGCACAUCCAUCCCCUGAGGACGAGGAGGAGAGGCUGCGUGAACGGCGUAGACUUAGCAUAGAGGAAGGAGUUGAUCCCCCUCCGAAUGCACAAAUCCAUACGCUGGAAGCAACUUCACAGAACUCCUCCCUCUAUAAACUGGGACCAAAGAUGGCCCCUGGUGUUGGGGAAGGACUUGGGGAAAGCAGAAGUCUGGGAACAGUCUCCUCUAUUUCUGGGGGUUUAUCAGGGAUUGCCGCACAGGUUGCAGCUAGUAUGGCAGUGCCAUCCCACACUGUUGACUGUGACUCUGAAGAGGACUCAACUACUCUUUGCCUACAGACACGGAGGCCCAAGCAGAGGCAUGCUUCUGGGGAUGCUCACUGCUCCAGACAGCCGGGGCCUUGGAAAGUCCACACGCAGAUUGACUAUAUUCAUUGUUUGGUGCCUGACCUACAGGCCAUUACUGCACUUCCUUGUUAUUGGGGGGUGAUGGACCGGUACCAAGCAGAAGCACUGCUGGAUGGACGACCAGAGGGCACCUUCCUGCUACGUGAUUCUGCACAGGAGGACUACUUGUUUUCUGUUAGCUUUCGGCGUUACAAUCGUUCACUGCAUGCACGCAUUGAACAAUGGAAUCAUAACUUCAGUUUCGAUGCGCAUGACCCCUGUGUCUUCCAUUCUUCCACAGUAACAGGCCUGCUGGAGCACUAUAAAGACCCCAGUGCCUGUAUGUUCUUUGAGCCCCUGCUCACUGCUCCCUUACACCGGACUUUCCCUUUCAGCCUUCAGCACCUGGCACGAGCUGCCAUCUGCAGACACACCACCUACGAUGGCAUUGGUGCCCUGCCACUGCCUCCAACCAUGCAGGACUUCCUGAAGGAGUAUCACUACAAACAGAAAGUCCGUGUGCGCUGGUUAGAGAGAGAGCCUCCACUCAAGGUCAAAUGAGGUCUGGCUCUGCGCCCAAGAGAGGCAGGACUGUGGGCAAGAGUUUUGCCUCCAGAGGAGUAUGUGGCUUAUAUUAUCCAUCAUACAGCUGGCUUUAGAUACACAGCAACAGAGGAUGUUGAGAACUUCCAGCAGUUUUUUUUCCGGUUAUUACUACACAUGGAAUCCAUACAUAUGUUUCAGUGCAGUACAUUCUGUCAAGCUAGUUUAACCGCUAAAGUGUCGAGCAUGCUGGGAAUGAGAUGGUCUUAUUCCCUCUGCUCUUUUCCCUAUGACCUUAAAUCCUCUGGAUCUCCCCUAGCCUUCCCGCAUGCCCUCUGCAUUCUAUCUUUUUAGCGUUUUAAACUAUUUUGAGCAGUAAAACUGAGUGUUGCCACAUUUACUAGCAUCUUUUGUCAGGCAAAUGGAUCAACAGAAGAUCCAGCGAUAAAAUAUAUUCAAGUAAUCUUGGAAGUCUACAUACCUGAAUAUCUGCUACUCUUAACAAAAAAAAAAAAAAAAAAAAAAAAAUGUGGUGUUAAAUAUCUAGUCACCUAAACUAUAUGCCUAUUUGCUAAGUCACGGCUAAUGUAUCAGCAAUACCUUCUACAGUGACCUCCUACAAGUGUCAAGUUCUCAGAGGCAGCACUUGUUAAGCCUUGUGUACAUGGACAGGAUCACAGUUAUACACGCACCUCUCAGCACUAAGCAUGCUUUAUUUUUAAAAUCGAGGCAGACAGAAGUGAAAGGCAUGAAUUAAUUGCGGGGAGGAGGGAGGACAGCGCACCAUGUGCCAUAUGAUAGAGAGGACAAAUUAUUUAAAACUAGGCUCUCACGUAGUGUCAUAUCCCAGCAUAAUCUUUGUUUUAAACAAUCUAUUUUACAAUUUUCUAUUUUUACCAGUGACAGUCUAAAAUGGCAUAUGGCACUUUAAAUUGUUGUUUGUGUACCGCACAAUGACUUAUAGACUCAAGUACAUGCAUAUAAAAAGAUUGUAGUUUUUUUUUGUUUAGUAUUUUUUAAAAUAUGUACCUUAUUCAUUGGAUGUCAAUUUAUCCCCCAUAUUCUCCGCAUGAGUCACCCGAAGUUUGUGUUAGUGUCUCUUACCUUGCUUGUGCAUAUGGUAUGUACUUAAACGGUUAUAUACGCAACAGCCGAAAGUGGACAGAGAAAGUCUUCUGUAAAAUUUGUAUAGAUACCUCUAAGAUCGGACUUUUCACUUUAGAUAUUGUUGAAAACCAGACAGAUGCCAUCACUGCGUAUAUAUUUAAUGUUUAUUGGAUUGAUUGAUGGUAUAACGUGUGAUUGGUUCCACUUGAUAAUGUUGCACUUUUAUUCAUUAUGAAGCAUGCAGCUGUGCUUCUUUCAUCAUAAUCGUGUGCACUAGGGAUCGAGAUUCCCUCAACACUGUAAAGAUUUAGUUAUAAAAUUCUAUACUUAUGAUGUGCUUGGUCUUACACACACACACACAGAAAAAAAGUCAACAGAAUCACGCUAAUAUGUUUUUUAUCAUAUGUUCGGUAUUGCAAUAGACUUUCAAGGUCCAAGCAAAUCUCAGACCAUGCAUAAUAAUAUGUAAAAAUGGUACAAUUUGCAGUAUUUGGGUGUUUGAUGAUCAGCGACCAAAGGUGUGCAUCUCUGUAGGUUGUUAUUGUGAAUGAGAAAUCUUCCACCAUGCCUUUUGAUUAUUUUUAUUGAGCUCAAUGACUUAAUUAUAGUGUCCAGUUUUCUGGCAGAGUAGCACCCAUUUUGAAGCCAUUUAUUUGAACUGCAAUUAAAUCCGCAAUUAACUCUUUUAAAAUACACUUCGGUUGUCACUGAAAGGAAGUCAUUUUGUUAAUUUUAGAAUUUUUUUUAAUAACUCUAUUUUUCCACUUGAAUGGCCUGAAUAAAUACGCAAAAUAACCAUCUUAAAAUUUCUUCCACCCUGCACACUGUAUGCUCUGUAUACAGGCACACAUUAUGUCAACUGUGUAGCGGUAAACGUCAGAUGAUGUCAUCUGCUUUCACGACCUCAGCUUUGAGAAUAAUAUGCCUUUCAUUGAAUUUAAAGACAAAAUAGGGGCACUUGGACACAGCAGGCAGUUUCACAACCUCUCCCCGAUCCACAUAUAUAUAUAUAUAUAUAUAUAUAUAUAUAUAUAUAUAUAUAUAUAUAUAUAUAU